AUGAAGGGCAGCGCCUCGACGAAGCCGGGCGGCACGCCUUCGACGUCACACACCGCACAUCCUGCGAGGGCCAACACCAGCGGCAGCGCGGGGGCUGGCGGGAAGCGGCCCGAGGGGCCCCGCGCACCCGUGCACGCGAAGGGCAAGACGGAAAGAGUAGGCGCGGGGGCGCCGGUCACGAAGUCCGACAAGGUCACGUACACUGUCAUUAUAACGAACGUUGAGAACGACUUUGGCAAGCUGCACAGAGCCUGUCUGCCCUACUACUGUGGCCUGCGCAGCGACUACGAGGAAACGCUGGAUGUGGAGCGCCUUGUUCGCGAGGGCGGGCCACAGUCGCGGCGCCUGAUCGGUGCGGUGCGUGGCUGCAGCUACGCUGUCCGCUGCCGCACCGAGACCCGCUCCGCCGAGAUCAGCCUCUACGGGCCGGCCAACGCCGACUUUGCACCCAUGCAGCUGACCAAAGCCCCUCGGCGGCCGUCAACGCCUGCGGCAGACGCCAAGUCAACGGCGGCGCCGACAGUCUCCUCGUCAGCGAAGCUGGCGCAACAAGACACGUCUGCGCCAGCCGAGGACGUCUCGGAGGCAACGGCGUUGGCCAGCGUUGGCGCAGUCGAGCAGCUGGCCCUGCGGCUGCGCCAGCAGCGCUACUUCGAGGAGCACCUGCCCGUGAGCGUGCACUUGCCUGGGCGAAAAGCAGACGAAGUACUGGUGCGCAUCGAUAAAGGUUCGGCGCCCAGCAAUGCGGACGGCACCGAUGUCACCGGUGUUAAGAGCGAGGAGGCAAAUGGGGACGCAGACGGCGUCGACGCGGACAGGCAAGGCAGCGCCGCCACUCCGGUGACGGCGCCUGCUUCCCGUGAGAAGCGGCAGCGCGUCGACGAAGGGGACAGCAACGCUGACGCCCCGUCUCUGCAGCGAGUCAAGACGGAGGCACCAGGUGACGACGAGGAGGGCAUAGAAAAGGAUGACGCCACGGCACACGAGCGUGGUACGACGACGGAGAACAACGUUGAUCAAAGGGCCAACAACAGUGGCAGACGUUCCAGGCAGCUGACAAAGUCGAAGUCGGCCACGAUCAUUACGCAGUUCCCGCGUCGCCAGAAAGACUUUGUGACGGCGGUGGCGGCGCUCUCGUCGCGGGUACCGCUGCAGCGCGUGCGCGGCCGUCUGCGCGACCUUCCCGGCUUCCUGUCCUGCUGGAUUCUCUAUGAGCGGCACCUCCGCGUUGUCUUCCGCGACGCCGAGUCGCUCUUCAAGGCGAAGCAGCUGCUGGACCAGUUCGAGUUGGAGCCUGGCCUGCGUGUGUCGCUGAUCUUCUCCGACCCGCUCUCCCGCACUAACGCCGAGUAUGUGCGCGCGCAGGAGAACGAGAGCGUGAACGAGUAA